CUGGCCGAAACCGGUACGAAUAUCGAGGUGGAACGGGACGCGUUUUACUCUCAACCGGAGUGGGACGUGUUUUGGGUGCGAUACAUCGGCGCCGGCGGGCACCGCUUGUUCGCAUGGCUGUCCGUGCCGCACGGGGACGGGCCGUUUCCGGCAUUGGUACGAAUGCCCGACUAUGCGAGCGUGCACGACAUCAUCUACACGCCGCUUCGCCAAAGGGCGGUGGUGAUGAACGCGACCCAUCGAGGGCAACGGAACAGCGGCGGGCAGGUGAGAGCCAGUUAUCCAGGGCUGCUGACCGACGGCAUCGCAAGCGCCGAUACCUACACGCUCUUCGGAGCUUAUGCGGAUGCACUGCGCGCCGUGGACGUGUUGGCCGGGCAGAAUGUCGCCGCGUUGUCGGGUGACGUGGCCCUGACCGGAGCUGGACUGGGCGCCAGCCUCGCGUUGGCUGCAGCAGCCCACCGACCUGGGGUAUGCGCGGUAGCCGCGGACACACCGCUGGCGCUGGGUCAUCCAGCCGGCUUGGAGCCGGGUUUGGGGUAUCCGCUGGCGGAGCUUGGAGACUACCUGCGAGUCCAUCCGGAGCUCCGAGAGGACGUGGCGGAACUGCUGUCCACGGUGAAUCCGGUGGACACGGCCGGCGCGGUGUCUUGUCCGGUGCUGAUGAGCGCCGGGAGAUUUGACCGAAGCGUGUGUCCAUUGUCCUGCGCCGAAGAGUUGGCUCGGGCGCUCCCGGCAUGCGAUUUCAGGGUCUACGACGGGGCGGCCGAGGGAGGCGGGCACGUGCACGGCCUGGCGCGAGGCGCAUGGUUAGCUGAGCGUUUGGGUAUCCAGAUUUCUUGA